AUGCAGUUCAAAGUAUUUGUUCCCGUAGCAGCUCUACUAUCUCUACAGCUCUCCUCUGUUCUAGCUGCCCCAGUAGCAGAAGCAGAGACCGUGGAAGUCUCCUUCGAACUCGAAAAACGUAUCGGCACCGACGCUGGAGAUGGAACAAAAGCCAAGCCAUACAUUUUCAAUAUUGAUUGUGCUGGUGUCGAAGAAGUAUGCGAGGCUCAAUGUGCUGCAAUUCUCUGCUUCAAAUCGCCUUCAUUGCUUCAAUAUGGAGGACCAGGAUCUAAUACGGCACAGAGAACAGCAAGUGGUGCCGGCUCGGACCCUUUCAGACCUCCCAUAGCAACAUUGGUUGGGGGCUCAAAAAUUGAUUUAUCCGCGUUGAAACAAUCCACUUGGACUAGUCCAGAAGAUACCACCAAUGCAUCCGCAAAAGAGGGUGGAAUAGGUUGUCUCAUUGCACCUGUCGAUCCAGGCCAUAACACAAAGGAGGGAUCUCGAGUCUCCGGACAAAUCAGUCACUACAAAGCCAAGAAAGACGAGUACUUCAAGAAGAAAUACCACAACGCCGGUAAAUACUGUACAGCAUUAGAUGCUGGAAAAGCAGCAGACACAGUUUGCAAAAAUGCACCUUCAACCGAUCCAGUCAACUUCAUGUAUCGAAGAACAUCCAAAAAGAUUGGAAACUCACUCCUCUGGCAACACCUUAAGUAUGGAACUGACACAUGGGCUGUCAACUUCCCCGGAUAUUCUUGA